AUGGAUGGCGAAUGGACGGACGCAAGAAGAAGGAGAUGGAAGCAACUAUCGAUGGGUGGAGAUCGCCCGAGAUGGAAUCAUUCCGGUGUCACGUCGAUGUUCGUAUCAAAUCUUCCACCGGAAGUAAAUAUGGAAACCCUGAAAAAUGUGUUUUCUAAACAUGGUGAAGUGGUGGAUGUAUACAUGGCAUUAAAGAAGGAUGUGAACCGAAAAACUUUCUCUUUUGUAAGAUUCAAAAGAGUGGAUGACGAAAUUGAAUUGGAAAGAGCCCUACAAGGAAUAAAGAUUGGCACCAGAAUGCAAGAUGUAAGCAUUGCAAGGGACAACAAAUCAUUUGCUGAAGUUGUGGCUGGUAGUAGUAAGCCUUCUGGUAUUCCAACACUUCCUCCUAAGAUGAAAUUUGUCCCUAUUAAACUAUCUGAUGCCUCCCCACUUUGUGGUUGGGUCAAAUGGUUGAAAAUUGGGGUCAAGUUCAUGAAUGACGAAAGCAUUGAUGCCUUUUUGAAAGGAUGGACGGAAUGGUUUAGCAGAGUUGAUAGUGGUGACAUAGCGACAAUCAAUGCUGAUAGAAUAACAUGGAUAAAAGUUUCGGGCCUCCCUCUGGAACUGUGGUCCGAGGAGAAUUUCAUGACGAUUGCUGAAUCUGUUGGUAAAGUAAUUGCUCCGUGA